CAGGUGUGCGUGUGCUCUGCUUCCUCCCUGCCCUCUGUGCCAGGUGCAGCGCCAGGCUCGAGACAUGUCCUGCUCUGAGAAGUGCCAGCAGUGCCAGCCCUGCAACCCUUGCUGCCAGCCCUGCGGCCCCUGCCCGCUGGCCAGCAGCUGCAAUGAGUGCUGUGUCAGGCAGUGCCAGAGCUCCCACGUUGUCAUUGAGCCGCCUGCUGUGCUGGUGACCCUGCCCGGCCCCAUCCUCAGCUCCUCCCCACAGAACACCGCCGUGGGAUCCUCCACCUCUGCUGCUGUUGGCAACAUCCUCAGCUCUGAGGGAGUGCCCAUCAGCUCUGGGGGCUUUGACAUCUCCUGCAUCACCAACUGCUGUGGUGGCAGCAGAUGCUGUCGUCCCUGCUAAACAUGCUGAUGCCAACAUCCUCAGGAUAGAACCUCCAUGAACUUAGAAUAUGGUGCUGAUAUGACAACAGAAUUUUGGGACGUCGGAUUUAGAGAAUUUGUCCAUUAGUUCCUUCUCCUCCUCUCAUUUCUCUCUUUCCUUCCAUUUUUGUCACCCCCACUCAAUGCCACGGUAGUGGGACCUGUUUCACCCAUUCCCUUCUGCCUUUUUUGCAGGCCACGCAGAUGGACAUCCCCACUGCAUCUUAAUGGUUUAUCGUAAUGCUCUCUCUAUGAACUAUCUCCUUUUCUUCUUUA